AGGUACCAAUCAAUGGUACCAACUCUCGAGAUGGCAGAUGUGGAAAGUGCCUCUUACAACCUAAACUACCAGUUUCUGGAUGAAAGUGGAGCUCCACCGUUAUUUAGUCGCUCAAAGAAGACCGUCUCCCCAUAUUGGUUCUCAUUCAAAUCUUUGUUCAGAUACAAUUUAUAUCUACCUUUUGUGGUGAGAUCCAUGCCACAUUAUCAUGGUCCUCCCUUGGUUCAUUGUCAUAGGGUUGAAAUUCAAAAAUCGUUGAGAGAUCUCUCCAAAGUCUGGUGCCCUCGAGUAUCUCAUUAGAUAUGGGAGAGACCCAGCAAAUCAUCGAGAAGGAAUACUUUGAGAUCGCCCUGUUCACAUCCUGUUUGUAAAUGUAACGAUGAUCCAGCUUCGAGCGGAAAGAUAACUAAAGGAACGAAAGAAAUGGAAUGACAUAUUGCAGAAAAAGAAACGAAAAUAACAAUGCAAAAUGGGGAACCAGUUAUCCAGUAUUGCCCCAUCGCAAAUAUUAAGCGUGGAUCAUUAUUUCAGUGAUUUGAAAGAUUAUGAGUAUGAUAUAAGCUUAGGAAGUACAAGGUUUUUCAAAGUUGCAAGAGCAAAGCAUAGGGAAGGAUUAUGUGUUGUAAAAGUGUUUGCCAUUCAAGAUCCAUCGUUACCGCUACAGACGUAUUACAAGCACAUCAAGGAAAUCACAGAUACUCUGCAAACCGUGCCAUAUAUUCUACCAUUUCAAAAGAUUAUUGUCACAGAGAAAGCUGGCAUUUUAGUGCGACAGUAUAUCAAAGAUAAUCUGUAUGAUAAGAUAAGUACAAGGCCAUUUUUGAAUCUACUUGAGAAGAAAUGGAUUGUAUUUCAACUGUUGUUUGCUCUUGUGCAAUGUCAUCAAAAUCAGAUAUAUCAUGGUGAUAUUAAAACUGAGAAUAUCAUGGUGACCAGCUGGACAUCUGUACUUUUAACAGACCUGGCUUCAUUUAAACCCACAUUUCUCCAAGAAGACAACCCUGCAGACUUUUCAUACUUUUUUGACACAUCACGAAGAAGAACAUGUUACUUGGCGCCAGAGAGAUUUCUGGACACUCGUUCCAGUGACGUAGCAAGCUCAGCUGCAAGUUCAGAGCUUUCCUCUUCAGGAGAUAACUCACUAGAUAUUGGCUUGAUAAAAGAUCAUGUCUCAGAAUUGACAUCAAAAAUGGAUAUUUUUUCCUUGGGAUGUGUCAUAGCUGAGUUGUUUAGCGAAGGUGCUCCAUUAUUUGAUUUAUCAAAAUUACUUGCGUAUCGCAGUGGGGAUUUUGAUCCUGCUCCUGCGUUGGAGAGUAUUGAUGACAAACAUGUCAGGGAAUUGAUAACAGAAAUGAUUUCGAAGGAUCCUGCCAAAAGAAGUGAAGCCUCUGAGUAUCUUGACAAAUAUCGAGGCUGUCUCUUUCCUGAAGAGUUUUACAAAUUUCUACGUGGUUUUAUGGUUCGCUUUGCCUCAUUACCUGUUCUUACUCCAGAUGAGAAAAUUGCAAGAAUUUCCGAUUGUAUUUCUCUAAUUCUAAAUGAACUUGGCAAUGAAAAUAAGGAAGAGAAUAUUCAUAGUAGUCUUGUUUUAAUUAUUUCCCUGGUGACUUCGAGUGUGAGAAAUUGUGUUUACUGUGAUUCCAAGUUAAAGUGUCUUGAUUUAUUACAACAGUUGGCACAUCACGCUAGCGAUGAGAUGUUACUAGAGAGAGUUGUACCCUAUAUUUUAUACCUCAUCAACGAUACUGUACCCCGUGUUAGAGCCCGGGCACUAGGGACCUUAACACAAACAUUACAACUUGUACAAAUGUUACCACCAAACGAAGGAAACAUCUUCCCAGAAUACAUACUUCCGGCACUGGCUAACUUCCCUGAUGAUCGAGAGGUGAUAGUGCGUAUAGCCUACGCAGAGAACAUCGCACCAAUAGCAGAGACUGCUCUGAAAUUCCUAGAAAUGGCUCAGUUAAGAUAUAACAAUAUGGAUAGUGAGGAUGGAGGAACUGAACAAAGUUUAAGAUACCAGGGAAGUUACGAUGUUGAGCUUCAAGAAUUGCACGAAGUCAUUCAAACAAAGGUCGUCAAUCUUCUUAGUGAUUCCGAGAAUAUUGUAAAGCAAACUUUACUAGAAAGAGGCAUUACAAGAUUAUGUGUGUUUUUUGGAAGACAGAAAGCAAACGAUGUUCUUCUUUCUCAUAUGAUUACUUUCUUAAAUGAUAAACAAGAUUGGCAUUUGCGAGCCGCAUUCUUUGAUAGUAUUGUUGGUGUUGCGUCUUACGUUGGCUGGCAAAGCCUGGCAAUGCUGAAGCCUCUUCUACAACAGGGUCUCACAGAUAUGGAAGAGUUUGUUAUUUGCAAAGCGUUAAAUGCGCUGACUUGUCUCACCGAACUUGGUUUACUACAGAAGUCAACUCUCUACGACUUUACCGCCGACAUUGUCGUUUUCUUGUGUCAUCCGAAUGUUUGGGUCCGUUAUGGUGCUGUUGGUUUCGUUACUGCUGUUGCUGGGAGUCUUGGUGUUGUUGAUAUUCAUUGUAAAUUGCUUCCUCUAUUGCGACCAUUUGUUAAAGAAAAGAUCGUCCAGCCUGAAAGAGACAUGUUGUUGAUCAGUGUUCUUAGGGAACCUGUGUCGCGCUCCGUUUUCGAUUCUGUCGUACGGUCCCAACAUGUGAACGCAUUUUUUGACAGCCUUCAUGAUCGCCAGAUAACGCGACAAAUGAACAAACAAGGGCAGAAAGUUGAUUAUCCAAAACUUGAGAAGGACAACCUUUCUCAUAUGUUUCGUAAGUUGAUUGCCCAGGGAAUGAACGAACGUCAAGAAGAUAUGUUGAUACAUCUUAAGUCAGUCAUCUUGAAAAUACAUCAUUCAAAAAGCACGUAAGCUUCUGAACAUAGCGACCAUAACGAUGAUCCUUUAGGACCUGGUGUUGUGGAUUUGAAGACAUUAGGCAGCAGUAUCGUACGACGUCACGCCGAGCUUGUGGUGAAGACUGAGACCAAGCCUGACGUCACCACAGUGCAUACGAAAAAUGUAAAAAAACGAAGCGAGAAUAUCAGUCUCCACUUAAUGCUGAAUGGAAUCAAAUGUUUGGCAACACAAACCAGACAACUGAUGCUCCGUCACAACCUCGUCAUGGGGAAGUUGUUCCUCCAAAGAAACCUGGGACGGUCUGUCUCAUUGCCUCAGUCAGGGAAACCCAAGCAACGAACGAACUCAUCUCCCUCCAGCGAUGAUACAAACGCUAGCCCAGUCCCUCAUUCUCGCACACCUCCCGCUCAGCCAAAGAGCAAAGCAAAACAAACCAUGAAGCCAUCGCAACCGGAGCCAGUACGACCUACACCAGGAUACAGAAGAAAUCUACGAGAUUUGGUUAAACAUAAAAGGGAACAAUACGCCGAGGAGGUGACAACAAGGGAGUUAAUCGAAGAGGUUCUGAACACUCAUAAAAAGGGGCAAAUAAGACGCCCAAAGGGAACUUUAUUAAUUCAUCUCCACGAGCACAGAGCUGCUGUAAACAAACUUCAUGUUUGUCCCAAGACGUCCCUGUUUGCCUCUGCAUCUAACGACGGGACAGUAAAACUCUGGGAUGCUCAGCGUUUGGAGAAUGAGGGAAUGGUCGUGAAGUCUUCUUUUUCAUAUCAACUUCAGCAAGGAGAAACAGCAGCACGUGGAAAGGUCAAGGGUUUAGUAUUUUUACAAGGAAAAAAGUCGUUAGCAUGUGCAACUGACAAAGGUGACAUUUAUGUCAUAAAUCCUGAGGUCAUACCUGCCGCAACAUCAUCUCAAUGUCCACAGUAUAAAGCUCUUGUUAAGCUGAAUACAAGAUUGGAUACAGAACAAGGCGGUGAUUUGGUGGAUAUGCAUCAGUUUGAUACUGCGUCUCAUUCAGUGCUAGCUUAUGCAACAGUGCGUGGUUUGAUCUACGGUUGGGAUAUACGAACUUCAAAAACGAUAUGGAAAUUACAAAAUGAUCCUGCUUUAGGUUUGAUAACAUCGUUCGUGGUAGAUCCCUCGCAAUGCUGGCUAACUGCUGGAACUUGUAAUGGUGAAUUAGUCUGUUGGGAUAUGAGAUUUCAACUUCCUGUUGCAAAACUUACUCAUCCAAGAGGUGCUCGAGUACGACGUCUUUCUGCCUCACCAUUGCUGCAGUGUAAGCCAUCUUGGGUGACUUGUUCUGUUGAAGGAAAUAACGAGGUUUCUGUGUGGAACCUGGAGACUGGUGCUUGUGAGGAAUCUCUGUGGGCAAGUCAUGCUCCAGCGCUCUCUCAGACACAGGUUUCACCUCAUGCUGUUUACGGAAUUUACGCCAGUCCCCCCGAAACUGGUCAGUUCAUCCUCACCGCGGGCUCUGACAGACGUAUUCGUCUCUGGGACUUACAGUCUCCAAACGAUUCUUACAUCGUGGCAGGAUCGUCUUCUGAUAAUCUAAAUGACGUCGUAUUGAAAUACAAGUAUCUCUCGGUUGAUGAUGGGACAAAGGUCUUACGAGAGGUCUACUGCAAGUCAAAUCAAGUCUCGCCACAAGAUGACGUUCCGAAGCGUGGUCCUGAUAAACCACCGACUGGUCACCAUGACUGUAUUACAGAUCUAGCUUUCGUUACCAAUCCUCAACAUUUCCUCAUCUCGGCUUCCCGCGAUGGCGCCAUCAAGAUUUGGAAGUAGAUGAGCUGUGAAAGUGAAUGAAUCCUGUCAAUCAUGGGGUGUGGUGUGGUGUGGUGAUUUUUUGUAUCGUACCCCUCCAGGAGCAAUCCCGUCAAAAUUGAGCGGACACUAUUAGAUAGAUAGCUGAACAUUAUUCAUUUUAAUCGCAGAAAGGAAUAAGAUGUGUUUGUAAAAUGUAUCUGGGAAACUGCUAAUUAAUAACUAGUAUAAAAUGAUUAUAUUUUUAAAGUAAUUA